ACCAUCAACUUAUGAGAAAAGGAAUCAGAAUCUUUGAAUAAACCCCGAUGGAGAUUUCAGGACGGCGAGUGAGAAGAUUCAGGAUGAGAUUCCGAAGAGACCACCUCGCCUGCGGCGACAACAUGGAAAACGAAGCUUCAUGCUGUUACUGCGACUUCAAGAUCUUUAAUUUCAACGAACCUAUCUUCCGUAUCGGACGGCGAUUCUCCGGCGUGAUGAAAAUCUGGUUCUCAAUCGGACUCGGAUUCGGCGUCGCUUCUCUUUUCCUAGUCACCAUGUUCCUUCUUCUUCAGUUUCACCCUAACCCUUUGUUCUCCAAUCGUCUCACUUCCGCCGUAUUCGGUUUCUCUCCUUCCACGCUUGUAUCAUUAUCCGGCAUUGCCUAUGUAUUCGUUUCCACUGUUAUUACUGUUUCAGUUCAUGAACUUGGCCAUGCUCUUGCUGCUGCUAGUGAAGGAAUACAGAUGGAAUACAUUGCCGUUUUCAUUGCAGCUAUAUUUCCAGGAGGUCUUGUAGCUUUUGAUCAUGAUGUCUUGCAAUCACUUCCAAGCUUUAACGCUCUUCGUAUCUACUGUGCCGGUAUUUGGCAUAAUGCAGUGUUCUGUGCACUAUGUGUGUUUGCUUUGUUUCUCUUGCCUCUGAUGUUGUCUCCGUUUUACAAACACGGUGAAAGCCUCACGGUUAUGGAUGUGCCUUCUGUGUCGCCAUUGUUUGGUUACAUGUCUCCUGGAGAUGUUAUUGUAUCAUUGGAUGGCAUACAAGUCCAUAAACCUAGUGAGUGGCUAGAACUGGCAGCGAUUUUGGAUAAGCAAAACAGUGAAACAUCGAAUGCUUCUUUGUAUCUUGGAGGGUCAAGGAGAUUUCAUCACGGGAAGGGUUACUGUGUCCCUAUCUCUUUGAUUGAACAAGGGUUCAAGGGGAAAAUGGUUGAGAACCAAUUUGUUUGUCCCGGUGAUCUCACUGCAUUCUUACCAAUGCCAUGCUCAGAUGCAGCACACAAGGAGGGUUCUGUUUGUUUGGAUGCGAAGGAUAUUGUCAAGCUUAACAAAUGCGGUGACGGAUGGGUGACAACAUCAGACACUGAUAUUAAAAGUGACUGCGUGUGUUCACAGGGCGAAUCGUGUUUACAAGCAAUGCAAACUCCAGGCGUGUCAUGGACAGAAAUUACUUAUAGAAAAACCUCAUCACAGGAUUGUUCUAGGCUUGGUCGAGAUUUCAAUACAUCAUCUUGUCUUGGCACGUUUGUUUUUGUCGGUGAUCUGAUUCGCAUGUCGAGAUCAGUUCGUUUAACUGCAUAUCAUCCUCGUUGGCGAUUAAACAUCUUUGCCAAAUCCUUCCCGGAUAUCCUAGAAAAGAGCUUGACCUGCACAUUCCAUGUCUCUCUUGCACUAGUGCUUCUGAACAGCUUACCUGUGUAUUACCUUGAUGGUGAAUCCAUUUUAGAAUCUAGUCUUCAGUCUUUCACUUGGUUAAGCCCAAGAAAGAAGAAGACAACUCUUCGAGUAUGCCUUGUGGGAGGGAGUCUUCUCUCUCUCUUCGCCGUAUUCAAAAUCUUCCUUAUCAGUUUACCUCAGAGUGGCCAAUGGUAGAUGCCUGCGAUCUUGAUUCUCAAAUCUUUACAAUAUGAUUGUUAUAACUGCACUCAAGCGAGGUACAGAAACCAAACAGGAAUCAUAUAACUUCGGAUCAUGUUGGGAUUGUUUAUGUUUGACCUCACUAUAGAUAUAUAGUUGUAUAGUAUCUAAAUCAGUUCCACACUUUAGAUCCUCAUGAUGAAUCUCACUUUUAUCUUUCUACAUACAACAAAUUUGUUUACAAUUUAUACAUUU